CAACGUGUGUCUUCCUCCACUUACGACAGGACUAAACUGAGCGUCGGACUCUUCCCUUUGCGGGAGAGGAAUGUCGCAAGAUUGGCAGAGAAAACUCUGGGUUUGCGACCUUAGGGCGCACUUUCCGGCCAACCAAGAGGCGCCUGAAGGCUGGUUGGGGUGGUGAGGCCCGAGGCAGUGCCUGGGAUUGAUCCCAGGGACUUGCACACAGUGCCCUAUCAUUGCGCUGCCUAUAUCCCCAGCCCACAAACACUAUUUUUGAAGAAAAUACUGGCCCUGUGGACACCCCUCCAAGCUUCAGGGACUUCUGAGCAGCCCCAGUCAGUACAAGAUGGACCCGGUAGUCCUGAGUUAUAUGGACAGUCUACUGCGGCAAUCAGAUGUCUCACUGCUGGACCCACCGAACUGGCUCAAUGACCAUAUUAUUGGGUUUGCCUUUGAAUAUUUCGCCAACAGUCAGUUUCGUGACUGCUCUGAUCAUGUCUGCUUUAUCAGCCCUGAAGUCACCCAGUUCAUCAAGUGCACUAACAGCCCAGCAGAAAUCGCCAUGUUCCUUGAACCCCUUGGUCUUCCCCACAAGAGAGUUGUGUUUUUAGCCAUCAAUGAUAACUCCAACCAGGCAGCUGGGGGAACCCACUGGAGUUUGUUGGUUUAUCUCCAAGAUAAAAAUAGCUUUUUCCAUUAUGAUUCCCAUAGCAAAAGCAACUCCAUCCAUGCAAAGCAGGUAGCAGAGAAACUAGAGACCUUUUUAGGUAAAAAAGGAGACAAACUGGCCUUUGUGGAGGAGAAAGCCCCUGCUCAACAAAACAGCUACGACUGUGGGAUGUACGUGAUCUGUAAUACUGAGGCCUUGUGUCAGAGCCUCUUCAGGCAGCAGCCAAACUCACUGCUGCAGCUGCUCACCCCCGCAUACAUCACGAAGAAGCGGGCAGAAUGGAAAAAUCUCAUUGUCAGGCUUGCUAAGAACUAGCGGCUGAAAAUAUUCCUGACUUUGGAAGCCUCCUCUUUCUGCCCUUCCUCACUCAUUGGAUGGCUGCAGUCUCAGUGCCUGAGGGAAGAUGCCUCGUAGAGAAAAGCUCACUAUUUUUUUAAAGGUUCUCAUCCUCUUCAAUGGCCCAGUGAAAAGUUUCCCCUUAAUCCUGACCUGAGAGCAAUAUGUUCUGUGCAAGUGUCUUCAGAUUAUGCACCAGGGCCGGGGAGAUGGCUCAGUGGAAUAAGCCCUUCCCUGGCAAGCGCAAGGGCCUGAGU